UCUCUCGAGUCGGUUUAGUUUACCUUGAACGGUGCCGGUAGUUGGUUUCAUGUGUGUUUGUGGAAUAAGUUUACCUGCCUUCGAAGCUUUGUUUAUAUGCUUGAGGUGAACGAGUGUUGUGCCCUUUUUUCCCCGGAUUAAAACUCAAAAUGUGACUGAGUCCGUAACCCGUCACUGAAACCCCGCAAUUAAAAUGGAAUCAGCAACAGCGAACAAAGACCAAAAUCUCUCCCAUCUUGCGCCAACUCCGACCGUGGGAUCCAUCGAAAAAGCUUACGUUUUUUUGAUUUUGUGACGUAAAAAGUGACAUCAUUUGAAUAAGUGUAGCAAAAAAAAGAGUGCUCAAUGCGCGAAGUGGACGCGGUAAAGUUACGAGGCUUUGAAACGCCUCGAAAUGGUACGGUGGCGCCAUCGUGCGGCGUCAUGACAGACUGGGACCAGAUGUUUGUGAGGUCGCUUGCCAAACCGCCGGCAUGCAGAUCCCUGCAAGACCUACAAGUGAUUUAUUACGGACUCAGCGGCUUGGAGGCGCUGCAAACACUGAGAGAUUCGGCUUUGCGCGCGUUUUGCAAAGUUGUACGAUAUGAGAAGCAUCAGGCCAACGACGUUUUGUACUAUACGGGAGAGCUGUCAACAUGUUGGUACAUCCUCCUCUCCGGCUCCGUCUUCAUCGACGGCUCCAUGUUCUUGCCUCGUUCCAGUUUCGGCAAAAGAACCGGAGGCAGCGCUCGUCGCCAGAACGUGUGUUUUGUCCUGGAACCGUCAGAGAUGAUUGUGAUCGAUUAUCCGGACAUUGAGCAAAGCAGAAGAGUACAAAAUUCACCACUGAUGGAUCAUCCGCAGCAUCGCAACAUCAACAUGAUGUUGGAUCACCCUUACGCCCAAAACAUGAUGCGCCCCGGUCUCUACCACAAAUGCAGUCGAGGAUCUCACUCUUCGGACACGAGUUCGGCCUACAGCGGCUCCGACACCAUGGCCUCAAACCAGUCGGAACUCGACGGAGAAGACAUCGACUUUACCGGCUUGGUGGAAAGCAUCGUCGAUAGCGACGAGGAGGACGAUUUGGCCGAGAGCAUGGAUAGUUUGACUGUGCGCGACCGCGUGCGCGACUGCUUGGAGAAAGAGCCUCAAGAGCGCACCGAGGACGACAUCGAGGCGCUGCUGGAGUUCACCCAGCACCUGAAGGCCUUCACCAACAUGACAUUGGCUGUGAGACGGGCCCUUUGCGCAGUUAUGGUGUUUGCAGUGGUAGAUAAGGCCGGCACGACGGUCAUGAACGACGGAGAGGAGCUGGACUCAUGGUCGGUGGUGGUCAAUGGGUGUGUGGAAGUGAUUAUCCCAGGGGAGGAAAGUCAGACUUUGACGACGGGCGAAGCCUUCGGGAUUCUACCCACCAUGGAGAAGUUGUACCAUAAGGGGGUGAUGGUUACCAAAUGUGACGAUUGCCAGUUCGUGUGCAUAACGCAAUCGGACUACUAUCGAAUCCUGCACCAAGGCGAGGAAAACACCCGCCGCCACGAAGAAAACGGCAAAGUGGUCAUGGUGACAGAACUCCGGGGCUCCCUAGAGCCCGGAAGCAACCGUCGUGGCCACGUGGUGAUCCGGGCCACUUCUGACCGUCUCAUGCAGCAACUAAUCGAAGAAAACUCCCUCACGGACCCCACCUACGUGGAGGACUUCCUCCUCACCCAUCGCACCUUCCUUCCGAGUCCGCUCCACGUCGCCAACCAGCUCCUGGAGUGGUUCAAAGACCCGGACGUUCGGGAUAGAGUCACACGAGUUGUGCUGCUUUGGGUCAACAACCACUUCACCGAUUUUGAAACAGAUCCCGACAUGAUCGACUUUUUGGAAACUUUCGAACAGGGUUUGGAGGAUGAGAAAAUGAGCGGACAGUUGAGGCUGUUGAAUAUUGCUUGUGCGGCGAAAGCGCGGCUUAGGAACGUUGUGUUGGCGAGGUCAAGUCGGGAUGAAACGCUCAAUUUCCAAAUUUUGGGCGGGUUUGAGCGGAAUUUUGGGAUUUUUAUCUCGAAGGUGGAGAAGAAAACCAAGGCGGAGGAUGUGGGGUUGAAGCGAGGGGAUCAGAUUAUUGAGGUAAAUGGGCAAAGUUUCGAGCACGUAAGCCAUGCCCGCGCCCUCGAAAUCCUCCGAGGAACCACUCACUUAAGCAUCACCGUCAAAUCAAACCUCCUGCACUUUAAAGAAAUGUUAAACACACCGGACAAUUCACCGCGACCUCGAAGUCGAAAAGUUUCCGAAAUUUCGAAAUUACAGACCGACCCCAGAGCCAGGCUUUCGAGCGUCGACGGUAACUUAGUCUUAAGUAACGAAUCUCCAUGUGCACAACCGGUAACAAUCGGAAGUCCACAAAAAGAGAACAAAAAACCGAGCUUUAUGACACUUGGGCCGAAAAGACGGCUACAAAAGGCCCUCAUGAAGAUGAAUAUUUUACCCAAGAAUAUUAUCAAUGUGGGCACCGACCAAGUCGAUAAUUUUAGUGCACCGACUAAUCUUGGCUCGAAUUUGUACCAGUCACAGAGUAAUCCGGACUUGAUGUCGAUUUGUUACGAUGAUCUCAGAUGUGCCGAUUAUCCGGAACAUGUACUCAAGGUGUAUAAGCCCGAUCAAAGCUACAAAUACCUACUGGUCCACAAAGAGACCACAGCUCAUGAAGUCGUAAUGUUGGCAUUACAGGAGUUCGGCAUUACCGACCCUAGUAGUAACUACAGUUUAUGCGAAGUUAGCGUCACGGACACACAAACUAUCAAACAGCGCCGCCUACCGGACCAACUACAAAACCUGGCCGAACGAAUAGGCCUUAAUAGCCGCUACUAUCUGAAAACUAACGGAAUCACUGAAACUCUCGUACCUGACGAACUCGCUCCGGAAUUAGUCCGCGAAAGCGCUGUUCAUUUUCUUCAGCUGAACGCCGUUGAGGUCGCUAUUCAACUGACUUUACAGGAUUUCAGUAUUUUUAGACAGAUUGAACCAACGGAAUAUAUCGAUGAACUUUUUGAAUUAAAAUCGAAAUAUGGAACUCCGAUGCUUGAACAGUUCGCUGCUUUGGUCAACAAGGAGAUGUUUUGGGUCGUGACUGAGGUCUGCAGUGAGCAUAAUCCCGUGAGAAGGAUGAAAAUUAUCAAACAGUUCAUAAAAGUUGCAAGACAAUGCAAAGAGUGCAAGAAUUUCAACUCCAUGUUCGCUAUAAUAAGUGGCCUUGGACAUGGGGCGGUGUCUAGAUUGCGCCAAAGUUGGGAUAAACUUCCGGGGAAGUACCAACGAGUGUUUUCCGAUUUGCAACAAUUGAUGGAUCCGUCGAGAAACAUGAGCAAGUACCGACAACUCGUCAGUGCCGAGCAGAGCCAACCGCCUAUAACUUAUCUGGUAGUUACACAUACUAUCCCCUUCUACCCCGUGGUCAAAAAAGACCUCACCUUCAUCCACCUGGGCAACGAUUCGCAAGUUGAGGGCCUAGUGAACUUCGAAAAACUGCGCAUGAUCGCCAAAGAAGUGCGUUCGUUGAGCAACAUGUGCAGCAGCCCCUACGACCUUCUGACGAUGCUGGAAUUGGGCGGACAGCCGGCCAGCAACGCCAUGGUGGCCCUAAACCAGCUGACAACGGCCUCCUCCCAGCACCACCCUCAAGGCCAGACCACGGUCAAACGGCGCAAAAAGUCAACGGCUGCGCCUAACCCCAAGAAAAUGUUCGAGGAGUCGCAAAUGGUGCGGAGGGUGAAGGCGUACUUGAAUAAUCUGCACGUGGUGAACGAUGAAGCCAAGCUCCAUGAGAUGUCGCUGGAGUGUGAGCCGGCUUCAGGUGGGAGUUCUUCGGGUCCGGGGAGUCAGAGGGGCAAGAGGCAUGCCUCACCAGCGCCCUCUACGACCAGCAGUACGAGUAGUACGAGUGAUGAGCGGAAACCCACUGCUAAGUUCGGCUCGGCAUCGCCACAGGCCGUCCGCAAACUCCUCGCGCUCUCCGAACCCAACAAGACGCGUCCUCACCAGCCGAGGCAAUUGCCGAGCCAUGGCGUGACACCAUCGCAGGCCAGUCCGGCAGUGAGGAGGGCGCCUAGUGCAACCGGUAGUUAUUCGAGUUACGGAUCACACAGUUCUAGUAGUUCGGGUGCGGGCGGCCGCGCCAUGCAUGAAAGAUCGCAUUCGGACACCCCCACACCUUUGCCUUCCGUUGCUCUAUCGGCUGAAAGCAGUAGUGUCACGUCGCUCAGUAACUUGCCCCUAAGAAAAACUGUUACUUCCGGUUCUGUUACUUCUUCCGACUCUGGUCACAGCACCAUGAGUCACUGUACAACAAGCUCUGGUGAGGGCACCAUCGGACUUUCGCACCCUUACCAAGCUAGGUGUCCGAGUCCGCCACGACAUCCUCCUCCGCCUUUGGCAGGCUGGUAUCCCUAUACUGGUGCUAUGCCUCCUUGCCCCCACGCUGUGGCCGUUUUGCCCCCUUUACCCCAAGCUUUGCGCAAUGGUGCAGGUCGAAGACAACCACCCGCAUACAGUGUGGCAGCUCAAAUGGCCCGAUUGCAUCGGCUGGGUCGCGCCCAUUCCCAUGAGGGGGUCACUCAGGGUUACCUCUACCAUAAUGAUCCUGAUACUGAUCAGGAUGAUGAAGAAACUCAAGUGUCGGCGGUUUGAAACCUUUCCAGUGAUUUUAAAUCUAUACAUUAGGUGUCGCAUAUCACCCUCAAUGUCCUAAUACUCAUAUCUAUAAGUGUCGUUCUGUAUGUAUGUACGUACACGAUCUGUGCAAAAACGGAGGUACUGGGACGAAAACGGGUCUCAAUUAUUUAUUAUCUUACAAUUUUCCCGUCUUCGUCCCCGUCACAAGUACCUGAUUAUUUUAAUGUUUUGACAUUGCUACAACUUUAGCUAUACCUUGUAUAUUUGGAUAAUUAUGGUGUUACGUUUCUCUAUUGUAAUUUAGGUUCGAGACAUUUUUAUACCGUGUUGUACAUACCAUACUUUUAGCGUUUAAUUAAUUGACGAAUCAUUCCAAUUUAUAUUUUUUCUCUUCUAAGCUAGACUGACACGAAUAUAAUGAACGUAAAUACAGUUGCAAUUUUAAGUUAGGUUUUGUGAUCCGACUAGUCUUCAGUUUUUAUUGUGUGGGAGAGAGCGAGGUUGGGACACCCUGUGCACAUUAUUUUUGUAUUUAUAAGUGUGUAAAGUGUGAAUGGGGGACGGAGAUAGACGGAGGGGUGGCUCGGACUCGCUUUUUACCACAGAGAUGAUAUUAUUACAAAAUGUUGUUAGUAAUAUGAAUGUAAUAUAUUUCUAAGGUCAAUGUAUAUCUGUAUAUUAGUGUACAAAUUAAUUUCAUUCACAAUAAAUGUAUGUAGAUAUAUGA